GGGAACCCCCACCCCACGGGGGCCUGGGAAGGACUGCCCACACCCAUCAUGGCGGCCGCGGCGGGGGCUACACGGACACGCCCCCCCCCGAACACGUGGUGCAGAGCUGUGGGACCUCGCGGGAGCAGCGCCGUCGCCAUGGUUACGCGACGCGAACCCCGCCCCUGAGGCAGCCAUGGAGGUCCCUGCAGGGCUAUCUGCUGGAGAGGAUUCCUCUGCCCUGCCCGCUGCUGCAGCUCUUCCUAGCGAGCUGCAACUGACACCAACAAAACCAGUACAGAUCACGGUACUGAAGGCGCAGGACCUGAAAACUAUCAAAAGUGACGUGUCAGUUACUUUGGUGCGUGUGGAGUACAACGGAGCACUCUUGGGAGACUCUUCCAAAGCUGAUGUCUUGCCAAACGGGACAGCAAACUAUAAUUUCUUGACCAGCUUUGAGUGCAGCCCCGAUGGGCCCAACUCUCUGGAUGACAUUGCACAAAAGCCUGUGCUCUUGACAGUGAUAGAAGUGUUGCAAAAGGAGAAGAGACAAAAGGAGAAGACUGUGCCUCUUGGCCAAGCUGUGGUGGACCUUCUACCUCUGCUGCAAGGACAAUGUUCAUUUAAGGUCUCGGCUCCUUUGUAUGCAGUGCCUAUCUCUCCAUUAGAGAGCCUUCAGCCAGAGGCCAAGGGUGGCCUUGAAGUGACAGUGUGCACCAAAGAGCCCCUGCUUUCUGCAAUGGAGCUUUCAAAUGGUAACCUCCUGAGUGUCACACUGGAGGCAGCUUAUUCUGUCCCCGAAGCAUUUGCUCCCACCGGACCCCUGCAAAACUACAUGGCUUGCUUGCAAGUACCAGCAGUUGGGGAGAAUGAAUUCCCCUUGCUCUUCAAGAAUGGCAUCCUGAAGCUUGCUGGUGAAAAAGAGCCAUUACCCCGACCCAAAAUAUGGCCCCUUGCUAACUUCAUGGCCCCUGGUGCUAUGAGCAUACCCAACUCCUUCAUUGUUGGUGGUCCCUAUGAGGAUGAGGAUGGAGAGCUCAACAAAAGAGAGGACAGGGAAUUUAGGAUCCAAGCAGAAAGCACGAAGAGAAUCGUAUGGGACAUGGAAAGACGUUGUUACCUGGAUCCUGCUGCAGUAGUCGUCCUGCAGAAGCGCAUUGCAGAGUGCCAGUACUGGCCUGUGGAGGUCUGCGGGAUGUCUGUGGCCUCACCCAGCAAAGGGAAAACUAGCAAAGCUGACAAGGGAGAUGAGGACAAGCAGAUUUUCUUCCAUGGUGUGGCAUAUGUCAACAUGGUGCCUUUGCUUUGCCCCGGCGUGAAGCAGAUCCGAGGCGCAUUUCGUGUCUUCGCCUACCAAGACAGUGAGGUGUUUGAGAAGACUAGAAUUCAGCACAGUGUUUUCCGGGAUCUCAGGUCGCAGCUCAGUCUGACUAAGGAAAGGCCAUGUACACCAGGAAUCACUACUCCCCUUUCCAGAGCUGUUCCCAGCAAGACUCAGAAGGAAGACAAAGAGAAAAUCACCAAAGAUAAGGAUUCCAACAGAAGGAUGUCCAAUGCGCCCAAAAUCCAGUUGUCAGAUGCCACUGCAGAAGCUGAAAAUGUCACAUACCUCAGCCUUGACAGACAGCAAUACAUUGAAGCCGGAAUGUUCCUGGUGAUGGAGAUAAAGUUGGACAAGGCCUUGGUACCAAAGCGAUUGCGAGAGGAGCUCACCAGUCGGGUCAAGCAGAUGAUUCCUCCUCGCCCUCCGCUGCCUCGCCAGACUGCAGGAGCCAAGAAGGCCAUGGAAGAUUAUCACAACUGUGUCACAAGCAUUGCUGUUGCCAUCCUAAGUGAAUACCACGAGCUCUUUGGGAAGCGGCUGUCUGACCAGGGAGUGAUAGACCACCAAACCCUGGAGGAACAGAAGCGUCAGCUCAACUUUGAGCUCAAUAGCUCUGGGAAAUAUUUUGCUUUUAAGGAACAGCUAAAGUACACUGUAGUGAAGAUUGUGAGGGAGAAAUACUUGAAGACCACAGCAUUUGAGACCCAGGAGGAGUUCCAGGCGUUUCUCAGUGAGCUCUAUGUGUACCUCGUGGACCAGAUGCAUAUUGCCCUGAACCAGCUACUGUCUGAGGAAGCUGCUUCCCCUGCCCCUCUGUCCCACACGAUUAAGGAGCAGCUCUGGCUCUUUGCUCGCGAAGCUGAAGUCAACAAGGACUACAAGCUGGCAUCUCUCUACCACCAGCAGAGGGUGGCUCAGGACCAGAGCAACAUCCAGUACUGGCUGGACUAUGGGGCAUUCUGCCUCCUCCUUGAGGAAACAACCAAAGCCCAGGAGUGCUUCCAACAGGCUCUUUCUCUGGACCCCCAUCACAUCCAAAGCCUGCUGCUCUGUGGGGUUGUGGCUGUCAUACUGCAGCACUAUGAAGAGGCAGAGAUUUUCUUUGAGGAUGCCUGUUGCUUGGAGCCAUCCAGCAUCAUAGCCUGGACACUUUCAGGUUUGUUUUAUGAGCUGCAGAAUAAUAAUAUUCAGGCAGAAAUGGCCUUCCGUGAGGCUAAGAAGCUACUGCAAGCACAGCUCGCCAAGGAGAGGAGCAUCUCUGACGCUGCUGAGCGAGAAGAAGGGAAAAAGCACAUUUCUGCUGCAUGUGUGAGGUCUCCCAACCCAGGCCCAGAAGAGUGCUUGCCAGUUUGUUCACAUGGCACUUGCCCACGAGCUGCUGAGCCUUCAGGGAGGUCCCUCCUGUGCAUAUUACCUAGUGCUGGCCCAGACUUACUUGCUGAAGGAAGAUUUCUCCAAAUGUGA